UGGACAAACGCAGAGCUAGCGAAUCAACGUCGACGAAGAGGAAAUUGCCGGUCGAUGGAUUUAAAGUUGACUGGUUCAGAAAAAGGCCGUCGCUUGCCCUCCAAGGCUCAUUUGCGAGCUCUGUUCGCCCCCUGCAAGAACUGGGCCAUGCAACCCAUGAACAUGGCGCUCAUGGCGUGGGCCUUCGUCGUCGUCGCGGGUCUCACCGUCGUCUUGCUCUUCAUGUCGGGGGGCAUGGACGGCGCCGUGCCGGAGAGGUCGGAGAGGACGCGGUGGACCGAGAUCACCAACCAGAUUCUCAACGCCCUCUUCACUAUCAUGUGCAUCUACCAGCACCCGAGGCUGUGCCACCACCUGGUACUCCUCUGCCGCUGGCUGCCGGACGACGCCGCCGAGGUGAGGAAGGUCUACUGCAAGAAGAACGCUAACGCCGGCGCUCGGCGGAGCGACGGGAGGGGUCACAUGGCGUUCGUCGUCGUGCUUCUCCACCUCACUUGCUUGUGUCAGUACGGCCAAUGCGGGCUCUACUGGGGAUAUUCCUCCGACGACCGGCCGACGUGGCUACAGAUCUUCUUGAUGGCGGUUGGAAUCUUGUCGCCGGCGGUGGCCAGCGCCUACGUCGCCUUCGGCCCCCUUGAAAGCAAACUCGAUGAGGAAUUUGAGAUUUCGUCAUCGAGGAGACACGAAAGAAAGGAGGCCGUGGGCCGGGAGUGGGCUGGCGGCCUCUUCGACUGCGGCGACGACCAUGUCGGCGCGUCGCUAUCGCUCUUCUGCACCUGCUGCGUGUUCGGGUGGAACAUGGAGCGGCUGGGACUCGGGAACAAGUACGUCCACGCCGCCGAGUUCGUGCUGCUCUGCUUCGCUCCCCUGCUUGUGUUUACUACGACGGCGAGCCGCAUCGACGACGGCGUCGUGAAAAUCCUGAUGAGAGUCGCCGGGGCGCUGCUCUGCUUCUGCGGGUUGCUCUACGGUGGGUUUUGGAGGACGAAAAUGAGGGAAAGGUUCGAUCUCAAGGGUGAUCCUUCGUGCUGCAGGUGUUCGCCGACGGCGGCCGACUACCUGCGGUGGCUGCUUUGCUGGCCGUGCGCGGUGGCGCAGGAGGUGCGGACGGGGAAUUUGUACGACGGCGUCGAAGAGAGCAGGGAAAGGGACUUGGAGGAGAGAUCGAGGUCGUUGGCGGCGCCGGCGAAUGGAGGUGCAGCAGGAAAUGGAAGAUAUGGUGACGUCACGAUCGACAACGACGAGGAGAAAGAUGAUUCUAAGGCGCCGCCAGUUCAGCAGUUGAUUCAGCAAGAAGGCGAUCUAAGAAAUUGA